AACUUCAUUUGUGGUCUGUGAACAUGACUUGACAACUCAACUUGACAAGUAGUCAAGUACACUUUUUUGUGUAAAAUUAUGAAAAUAGAAAUUAAAUUAACUGAAUGAUUACUGUGAAUUUCUAUAGAAUUUAUUGGUGUUCCAAUUGUUCAAUGCAAAUAACGCUUUAAAUUAACUAUAGUUUGUACAUCUGCUUGUAAAUUAAGUUUAAAAGGAUAGGCGAAUACCAGCACCCCAAGAAAUUAAUCGUAUUUUGAAAUACAUUUUUUGGUGUUGUAAAACGUAGAAGUUUCAACUAUUUGCGGACCAAUAUUAAACCCACAAAAGAUGCAAUUAUCAGCAGACCCUCGGCGAGCUGACCGGGAGCGUCGCUAUAAACCUCCGCCGCCCACCUCGGCCCCAGCAGAGGAUCUCACCACUGAUUAUAUGAACAUUUUGGGUAUGGUCUUUUCUAUGUGUGGACUGAUGAUGCGUCUCAAAUGGUGUGCUUGGACUGCUGUCUUCUGUUCCAGUAUUAGCUUUGCUAAUUCAAGAGUGUCUGAUGACACCAAGCAGAUUGUCAGCUCGUUUAUGCUUUCAAUAUCUGCUGUGGUGAUGUCGUAUUUGCAAAAUCCAGCUCCUAUGUCUCCACCAUGGGCUGCUUUAACCACAUAAAAUUAGCAAUAUCAAAUUAAUUUAUAAAGAAUAUAUUUAAUGAAAUGUUA